AUGCUCCAGUUCCUGCUUGGAUUAACUUUUGGAAACAUCGUUGGAGUAUACCUGCCUCAGAACUACGAGAUACCAAACCUGGCCAAAAAGCUUGACAACAUCAAGAAGGACUUGGAUGCCAAGAAGAAGCCACCUAGCUUAGCUAUCAUACUGGAUUUUGGACCUAAUAGCAGUGAGUUUGGAAUUGGGAUGAGUGGAAUGAGCAUGAGGGGCCAUGUCUGA